AUGGCCUCUUCUGGCACACAGAAGACAUUCGACCACUUCAGCUUUGACUAUGUCAAAGUUGGUCCUCGUCGCGCCCAUAUGAAGGCGUUCUUCCUUUACCUUGGCCUUUGGAAUGAGGAAAAGGUGAAGAUUAUUCGCGACUACAGCCAGGAGCAGGCUUGUGAGAUGGUUAAUGCUGCAGGGUAUGACCAAAUCAACCAAGUUUACUUCGAGCUUAUGGUUGACCAGAUCGUUUGGUACAACCUUCUCCAGAAUGGCAACGCAAUUGGCCAAGGUCAUGACUGGCCUUGGACAAUCGAAGGUGCGAUUGAGAAGACGGACGUGACCACCUACGGCGCGUCUGGCUUUUACAACACAUGGAAACUGCGCAAGCAGGAAGCCGAAGAGAGGCUGAAAUCCAAAGUUGGCGCCACGGACCAGACCACUGCCGGAGUCUCCUCUUCGCCGGUUACUUUGGAUACAGAGACUGCCGCGAGCUCCUCCGCCACGACACAGGUCUCCGAGACUGGCCCCGUGCAUUUGAGGCCAGAGCCUGAGGUCGGAGGGCUAGCUGUUGGGUCUUCUUUCGGACAUCCGGCACAAUGUUCACUUGGACAAAAGGACUAUGGUAUGAGCUUUUCAAUCCGGGCCUCUAAGCCUCCAAUCGACAACUCAAUCGACAUCACCCGGUUUGCUGAUGCAUUCGCAGAUACCAGCCUAGUUGUCGCCGCUGGAGAGUCAGCGAAGAAAGAAAUGGGGAAAGAGAAUGUCACCACCGAAGCCGCGGCAUCUAAAGUCAAGGCCGAACGUCUAGAUGAGAAGAUCAGCUAUGCGCACGCCCUUUACAACGAAGAAGUGGUUGAUACAGAUACACAGAAAGCCCACAUCGAGCAUACGAAGAUUCUGGACGCUACGGCUAAGGCUGUGGAGUAUGGAUAUUCGCCAGAUGACUGGCACCAUUUCGCAGAGGAGGAUGAUGAUACUGAGCCCGUCAUUCCUGUGAAUGUGGAGAUGCCAGUCAGGCAUGACUUUCGCGCCAACAACGACAUCAAUUGCGAAGGACCCAUGGGACCUGUCCCUGAGUACCUGCAGGAUAUCUGGGAGAAACUGCGCCUGGGUAUGUGCAUUCGUGGACCAGUCAUUCGUCCAUUCGAAAUUGCGCUCCCAGAGUGGAUUGACUUCCACGAUCUUGUCUAUGGUGACGACGGUGCUCUCUACGCCAUGAUCGAAGAUGAGGCGCUCAUUGAUCGCGACAUCGUCAUCACUUGGUCAACGAAGAAUGGUCGCCCAGUCAGCCUGGUGGUUGGUCCGAAGCCAUCAGUUAAAUAUGAUUACGAAGACAAACAGCUUUGGCUGCGCGUGCGAGCAACUUGGCUCAAGGUUGCUGAGUGGCUUGCUAAUGCUUACGAUGGACGCCCUCACCGGCUGACGGAGUUCCUGCGCUACCGCCAGGAACAAGAGUUGAUGGGGAUCCCCCAACCCUCAAUCGAUCAAGUCUUGUCCCUUCUGAUGAACAGUUGGGAUUCGAUCUCACAAGAACCAGUCCGCGCCGCUGUUGAUGCGCUUUCCUGGAGAGAGGAGCUGGAUGUGUGGACUCCUCAGCUUCACGCCAUCUUUUCUCAAAGCUGGGGCUACGCUUCGAAAAUGGCCCAGACCUGGGUGCUCCGAGAGGGUGUAAAGCCAGCAUACCGUCGAUUGGAAGUGGCCGAGUACAUGUUGGCUGCCUUUCGUCCGGAGGAUGCUUACAGAUGGGGACGCGAUGUCUAUGCGAUGAUCGGAACCUACGGCAAGGGGACAUUCCCUGCGUGA